CUACAUUCGUCAACCUCUCCAACCUAGAUGACUAUAGACUAUUACUAGUAUCAAAGCUGCAACGCGAAGCCUCCAAGAAGACAGACUGCUUUCUGACGUGAACUAUACUUUAUAAUAAAUAAAAUUCAGGCUCGCGUCAGGAUAAAGUAAGCACAGUCAUGCAGAAUAUCCUCGUCGUUGGAGGGAAUGGAUUCAUUGGCUCAGCAGUAUGCAAAGCCGCUCUCGCACGCGGAAUGCGAGUGACGAGUCUCAGUUCCUCUGGACGACCAUUUCGUACACCAAAGGGACAUUCACCGGCGUGGACAGAACGUGUCCAAUGGUGUGCUGGAGAUGCCUUACGACCACACGAUUAUACCCGUUUGCUAGAUGGGAAAACGGCGGUUGUACAUACGCUAGGCGUGUUGUUCGAAAGUGGGAGUAGUGAAGGAGGAUAUAAGCAGGCGUUGAGAAGAAGUGAUCCGUUGGCAUUCGCAGGUGCUGUGAUUAGUGGUGUUUCGAGUUCGAUAUUUGGAGGUGGACGGAAUCCGCUUGAUGAAGGUGGAGGAGAGUACGAGAGGAUAAAUCGCGGUUCAGCUCUGACCGUCUGCUCCACAUUUACCACCAGUGCUCCUCCAGAGACCACUCAGCAGCAGCAGGGACGAAGGCGCUCAUUCAUCUACCUUUCGGCAGAGGAUAUCUUUCGACCAGUAGUUCCUUCACGCUACAUCGAGACGAAGCGCGAUGCGGAGCGUGGUAUUGCAGGGAUGUUAAGUGAUAAACCAGACUUACGAUCUGUGUUUGUGCGACCAAGUCUCGUUUAUCACUCGCAUUUCCGCCCAUUAACGACACCCAUAGCAACAUUACUCGACUUAUCGGCAACCGUACAUCGUAGUGUACCAGAUGAUGUACCGACACCUGCAACUAUUCUCCGAGCGAUCUCUUCGUCAUCAUCCGCUUCUCGAAAAUCGUCUCCAGAUGAUAACCAAGCUGACUUGACUCCGGGCUCUCUAGCUCCAUCACCACUUUCCUCAAUUGCAAACGCGUUGACCGUACCGCCGAUUCAUGUCGACCAUGUUGCUGAGGCGAUUAUACACGCUAUUGAGGAUGAUUCAAUUGAAGGUGUAUUGGACGUGCAUCGGAUGCGUGAAGUUAUUGGGUGGGUGGACAAGGGUCGAGGAGUAGAUAGAAGCGGGCAAUCAAGUGGAGACAAGACUGUUCAUGAGCGUAGUUGAAGAUCAAUGCGUCUGCGCGAGACGCUUCGCACAAAAUAGGACAGGGGAUGACGAUUUUUGCAUGCUCUAACUUAUCUCUCCUUACAUCGUAGGCCCUUUUUUAAUUAAUUUUACUUCAAGC